GACUGACUGUCCACGAACCAGAAAAGUUUCCCUUCCGCCCAGCCCCAACUGGACUGGGCGAUAGUCUGGAGUUAUUGUCACUUCGGACACGCGCGCCCGUCACGAACCGGUCGGUCAAGGUCAAGAGGUGGUGUCGCCGCUUUCGCCAAGUGAAGCGAUGGAUGGAAAGGCAUUUGAGGAGCUGGAUGAGAAACUGCAAGAACUGGUGAACGCUGCCUUUGACGUGAAGAGUUUUGCCCACUGCCCGUACAGUAAUUUUCAUGUUGGAUGUGCAGUGUUGACAGAAAGUGGAGAAAUAUACGCAGGCUGCAAUAUUGAAAAUGCCUCCUACGGUCUGAGCAUAUGCGCUGAAAGAGUAGCCAUGACCAACGCUUUAUCCAAGGGUCAUCGGAAGUUCAGAGCUGCGGUUGUUUCCUGUGAUAUAGUGGACUCAUUCAAAGGACCAUGCGGAGCCUGCCGACAGUUUUUUAUUGAGUUCGGGCUGAACUGGGACCUUUACAUGGUCAAACCAGACAAGACCUGGAAAAAGGUGCAGAUGGGAGAGUUGGUGCCGUUCGCCUUCACCCCGGACUCGUUGGAAGCGCAGAGAGUCUAAUUAGAGUCUAAUAAUUAGCUACUCUGAAUAUAUCGAACAAGUGUUAUCUGGAAGCAUCGUACUUCAGUUCCAUGUGCACACAGAAUAUCCUAACUUUCACACAACGGUCUCACCCUACGGCUUGCAAUAUGGCGAUAACUAUAUUUGACUGGUUACAGUAGGGUGCGCCACCAUCGACCACAGACGCCCUGUCGUGAACACGUGUAGCAGCAAUUCGGUUAUAAAACAAAUAUCGGAACCCCUAACAAGAUAUGUUCAUAAUACUAGUAUACCGAUAUACGUUUUUGACUUUGAUAUUGAAGUUAAAUGUGUUUGAAUCUUGAAAAUAAAACCUGCUGCAGCAA